AAAAGAAGAUGAAAGGCAUGGUCUUAGUGGAUUCAAGUUAAAAAUUGAAUUUAAACAUAAAAUUAUUCAACUGCAAAGUACUAAAAACUUAUAAGUUAAUUAAUCAGUUAUUAUUUGUUCUAAAAGCUUAAAUUUUAAAAUGGAGGAUAAACGAUUUUCUCAUAUUAAAACUGAUCCAAAAUUUCGUCGAAUUCCUAAGAAAGAGAGAAAAGUGAAAAUAGAUAAAAGAUUUGAAUCUAUGUUUAAGGAUAAAAAAUUUAAAGUGAAAUAUACCAUUGACAAGAGAGGCAGACCAGUUAAUCACACAUCAAAUGAGGAUUUAAAACGUUAUUAUGAAUUGAGUUCUGAAUCCGAAAGUACAGACAUUGAAUCAGAUAUUGAGGAAACCGACUUAAAAGAAGCUGGUAAAUACGUUAAACCUUUAAAAGAUGGGGAUCAAGAAGAUUUAGAUUCAAAACAUGUGUCUGAUAAAAUGCUUACAGAUAGUGUAAAAAAGAAACUUCAAGAUCUAAGUGUAGAUUAUGCUAGAGGAGAGUCAAACUUAUUCUCAGAAAGCUCUUCUGAUGAUGAAGAUUCAGAGGAGGAAUUAUCAGAAAGUGAAAAUAUAGACCACAAAUGGGGUGAAUUAGAUGCAGAAGCAGAAUGUACUGAAGAACCAACUACUAGAUUAGCAGCUUGUAAUAUGGAUUGGGAUAGAAUUAGAGCUGUAGAUUUGUUAGUACUUUUCAAUUCCUUCUUACCUCCAGGAGGAGCAGUCAAGUCUGUUGCCAUUUACCCUUCAGAGUUUGGGAAAACUAGAAUGAAAGAAGAGGAAGUUAAAGGUCCUAUAGAAUUAGUAGAAUCAAAAUCCAUAGACAAAGAAAAUAACGAUGAAGAUGAUGAGGAAGGUGCAAACUACCAUAUGGAGAAGCUUAGACAGUACCAACUUAAUAGGCUAAAAUAUUAUUAUGCUAUCAUCUCAUUUGAUAGUAUUAACUCUGCUAAUAAAAUUUAUACAGAAUGUGAUGGAAUGGAAUAUGAAUCAAGUGCUAUUAAACUGGAUUUAAGGUUUGUACCAGAGGACAUGGAUUUUGAUGAUGAACCAAAAGAAUUUUGUGAUAGAUUACCAGAAUCUAAUAAAUAUCAACCAAGAUUUUUCACGAAUACAGCUCUUCAGCAAGCUAAAGUUGCUCUAACUUGGGACGAGACUGAUCCAGGUAGAAUAGAAGUUACUCAAAAAUUGAAUUCAGGUAAAUUAGAUGAACUAUCACAGGAAGAUUUACAACAUUUUUUGGCUAGCAGUAGUGGAGAAGAAAUCAGUGACUCAGAAGAAAACGAAGAGAUUGAAGAAAAGGAGGAAGGAAACAAAGAUGUAAUAGAAAAAUACAAAGCAUUAUUACAAGAUAUAGAAAAUGCAGAAACUACUAAAAGCCAAAAAGAUUUGGAAAUGGAGAUAUCAUGGGGUAUUGAUUUGAAAGAGAAAACUGAGAAAUUGAUUAAAGAAAAGCAAAGUGAGGAAAAAACACCAUUCGAACAGUAUCUAGACAAAAAGAAAGAAAAACGAAAAGAGAAAAAGAAGAAAAGGAAACAAGAGGAAAAUAAUGAAUCAGAUGUACCUUCAGACAUUGAUAUUAAUGAUCCAUACUUUGCCGAAGAAUUCAAUAAUUCAGAAUUCAAAAAAACAAAGAGCAAAAAGCAAAAAGAAAAAUAUGCAUCUGAUAAUGAUAAUGAACAGAAUCAAGGAGAAUUGGAAUUAUUACUUCUAAAUGAGGACAAUCAGAAUCAUUUCUCGUUAAAAAACAUUCAGAAAAAUGAUGAUGACACUAAAAGAAAAAAGAAGCGAAAGAAUAAAGAUAUUGAAGAUGAAGAAAAAAGAGAUAACUUUGAAAUUAAUGUUAACGAUGAAAGAUUUUCUGCAUUAUACACAAGUCAUCAUUUUAGUAUAGAUCCAACAGAUCCUCAUUUCAAGAAAACAAAGGGUAUAGAGGCAUUAGUAAAUGAAAAAUUAAAAAGAAGAAGUGAAAUUCAAAACAGUGAAAUUCCAAAACCCAAACAAAAAAAGAAUGCGGAACUGAACUAUUUAGUCAAAUCUGUUAAAAGAAAAACUAAUGAAUAUAUGAAUAAAUAGAAUAGGCAAAA